AUGGAGCCCAAAGACACCGAGGACAUCGGUGGCCUUGGUGGCCUGUACUCGGAUCUUUGUGCGAUCGAGCAGCAUUCAAAUGUCAAUCUCGAACGAAUCUGCUUCGAAUUAGAGGCACACCUCCCAGAUUUCCGAAAGCUCCUCGACAAAACACCAAAGAACAAUGCCAGCCGUCAGACUGUCCUCACAGGCAAGAUCAGCUCUGAAAGCGAAGAAUACGAAAUCAACUCAGACUUCCAACAAGGCGCACUUCAACUAGCCGACGCCCUGAACAUUGAUGAAAUUGAAGCGGCGUUCAAAUUUUUAAAAGCCCAGCGUGAUGGCUACAUGAUGGGCCGGUCCCCUCUGAUUGCCGCGCUAAUGAUGUUUCACGAACACCGUUCGAAUACCCUUAGCUGCCUGCGUCUCAUUUUUAGACUAUCACUCGACUAUGAACGUCCAACCAUCCAAACCGUCAUGCAAACAGCUUUAACACACGUUCUUGGGAUCGUGAACAGCCCUCUGCGGCAUGCAUCAGAAUUUGUUCGAAAGGCGUUGAAAUCCAUGAUUGACAUUGAGGAAUGGAUAUCACUUCUUGGAGAGCAGCUUCAAAAGGCUACCACGCUGGACCAGGAACUUGAUCGAGAUAUCAUGGAGGCUAUUGAAUACCAACAAUCAUGCUUGAAAGAACAACAUGAGUCACUUGGCGCGAUCGUUUGCUACAUGUUCAAGGGAUCUUUUACGAGCAGCGAGGAUGUACGCUUCCUUGUUCAGCAAAUAAAGCAAGAAGAUCGCUUUGACGGGCUCCUGAUACACUACGUUCCUGCCAUAAUUGCGUCCUUUUUCCAAUACGGUUCUCCAGAUGGCCCAGGAGCCGUUGAGAGGGAAGCGCGAGACUUGAACCAAUUUAUCACUGCGACCAAUGAUCCCCAAGGCUGGAAACUCCCUCACUUCCACGCGGCUGUUACUGCUUUGUGGCUGUCAGUCUACAGUGGAUGGUACUUUGACGGUGCCCUGCCCUCGAGUGUCGAUCUCAAUAUCGAUGUGGAGAAGGAAUCAAAAGAGCGAACUAAGAUGUUCAAGUCUUCCCUGGAUGAUGGAGCACUUGAUUUCAUGUUGUCCAUCUGUGCCGCUGUCAACAAUAAAGAGUGGGCCGAUCCCGCUCGAAGUGAAUUAGUGGCCUUGCUGCUAAAGGAGAGCGUUGUAUCAUUGCCACAAUCUGCUUCAUGCUCUGAUUUCAUGAAAGAACUUCUGAUGGAAAAUUUUGAGGUUUUUAUCGAAUCGUGUGUCGCAAACAUGCCUGAUGCGGUCCGGCAUUUGAAGUCGGAAGAGGACUCUCAGAGACUGGACCAAAUCACUGCCCUCAGAGACGGCCUUACCUCUAGCCUUCACCGUGGUUUGGUAGAGGUGCGGACUUAUCUCGAGUCGUUCCUCAUGAUCAUCUCAUUUGCCUUCGAAUGCCGCGCGGAAGCGGCUCAAGAAUUCUGGGCUGACCCUGAGAGUAACCUCUAUGGAUUCCUUCAGUGGGCUUCUAAACGACAGACUGUCCCCCGAGUCAGCGCUUUCUGUGAAAUGCUUUGUUCAAUCUCAGAAGGCCCAGAAAAUGCAGCUGCGGCACAUCAAUUUCUUACAGAGGAAGACAAAUUCAUGUCUUCCAAAUUUAAGCGAUCUACCACAAUGAAUUGGUCGCAAAUGUUUGCUGAACUACAACUUCAUGCGUCUCGAGUUACUGAGAAACCGAACUCGACCCCUUCGCAAGGCUACCUCGGGAUGUUCCUUUCACGGAAACCGGAGCCGGUGGAAAUGAAUGAGCCUGAAAGCCCCGUGAUGCUAACAUGCUACCUGCGGCUCAUGGGUCAUCUAUGCAGUCAGAGUGAGGUUGUUCGAGACUGGAUGUUACAAAAUCAAUCAUUCAAUGUAGUCAAUACAUUGUUGACUCUGUGCAGCGGUCCCAUUCCGUCACACCUCAGAGCAACGGCCUUCACGACACUUGCAGCGCUGAUGACUGAAAGGUCUUCUGCUGCUGGCCAUCAAAUGUGGAUGGCAAUCGACGAGUGGUUGUCUGGCGGGUCUAUGAGUGCAUCCGGCAAUGUCAAAGUGCCGUUGGUCCCCAACCUCCCUGUGUGGCAUCAGCAACAGGCCCUCAAAAAGAUUGGAGAGAGUUUUGACCAGACAAAUGCAUUUGUUGUUCUUGUCAAUGCACUCUUUGCCCCUCCCUCUGACCAGGUCAACGAUGGCAUGUCGCUCCCUUAUCCCGUAAAUCUAGGGGGGUCGUAUCGGAUGCCUGGGGUCGGCCCCUACAUUGAUUUUAUUCUAGGUCAUGCCUUCUCGAGGAAGGUCCAGGACCUCAACGACCACCAAACCCGUCUUUUGACCUACAACUGCCUAGAGUUUGUGGUGGUAAGCUUGAAGUCAUUCAACGAAAACCUAGUCUUGGCUUUGAGCGAGCCGUCUGGGUCCGAUCACACCGUGAAUGCUUCGUUGAUGUCAACGUACGUUGUUGCUCAUCCCUUUGCUCGCGUGGUAGAGUGGCUCUUUAAUGAAGAUGUUCUCAAAUCUUUGUUUGCGGCUUCUCAGCAAGACACGGGAGAGAUUUGUGUGGCAUCAUCUGAUUCUGUCGUCGUUUUGACUUUGCUCCGGAGCCUGGAGGUAAUGACUCUGCUUCUGGAUCUUCAGUCGACAUACUUGAAUGUCGUCAAAUCUAUCGUCGCCUCCCAGCUUGCACCACAUAGAACAAACGUGGCAAAUUCUUCGCUUGCCUCAUUUGAAGACAGUGUGCUGAGCAAUCUUUCUCUCAUUCCAUUGCUCUGUCUCUAUUGUAGUACAGGACACCUGGACCUUGCGAUCACAUCUAUGCAAUUGCUGGAAAGACUUACCAGCUCUCGCAAACUCAACAAAAUGGCAUCCCUGGAAUCCGCUCAAUGGCGGUCCUCGAACAAGAUUGUUGAGGUGCUUGCAUCCGAGCUCGAUGUGGAUAGUGUAUCGAAGCCUUUGGUGUUCCAUAUGACUCCUGACAUCAGAGAAUUCGAUUAUGGUCCCGAGGCAGCCAGCUACGUCAUUCGAGAAAAUAUUCUUGCCCUUCUGAGGCGAUGUCUGGGAACAAUCACAGACCGCCCUACAGUAGCUCAUCUUCUCCUUGGCUUCAAGUGUGUGGGACCUAAUCUUGAAACCUCAAGCGAAGGACUGUUUGCAGAACAGAGUUCCCUUCUGCAUGCCAUUGUGGGCUUUUUGAAAGAAUAUCCUGAGGACCUCGAUGGAACCAUUGUGUCAUGGGUUGUGAUUCUCAAACGCAUGGCCUUUGAAGUGCUGAAGCAUUUGUGGUCAUCAAAGCUGGCAGGCUUCGAGACCCUUAGUGAAAUGCGAUCUAUGAAUUUGCUUCAAGUCAUGUUCGCUAAACAGCCUAUCAUUGAUUCAAACACGAUGUGGAGUGGCUUCACUGCUGAAAUGGAUGAUUUCUGGCUCUUUGACGGUGCGGCUGCCAUGAGAGAAUUCCUGUACUACCGCAGCUUUUUGUUUGAAUAUGCGGCUGCAGAAAUUCGCUCGACGGCCAAGAUGGGAUCGCAGACCCUACAUUCCCAAACAAUGGCAGUCUUGCUUGGGAACACUGUGAUGGAGAACGGCCAACCAAUUCAAAGUCGAUCCGUGUUUGACCUCUUCGAUUUCGCAGAUCUUGGUACUUUGCGGGAUUUCGAAAAGCCUGCGCUCUCUUUGCUCGAAGAAAUAUCUAAUCAAGUCAAGUACAGUCCAAAGGAUAAUAAAAUGGACGAGUACAACUUUAAUGACUUUCAGGCACUGGUCCGAAUGCGGGACGCAGAAUUGCCCGCCGCUGAACAACAGCGUUUCAGAGCGGAAGUAACUGUUUUCGAGCAAUUCAUGAAUGCAAGAAACCAUCGUCAUCGGAUCCAAAACUGCCAUUAUGCAGCUUUCAAGUCUUGGGCGGAGCUUAUCUCCACCAUGAUCGCUUGCUCCGAUGGUGACGAAGGAGUCUCCCCAGCUUUCAUACUACACUGUCUCCAGUUGAUACUUCCUCAGCUUGAGGCUGCCACUGAUGACGAUCUUCCUUGGGCUCUGGAACUAGCAAAAUUGGCGGAAACAUUGAUUUCUCGCAGUGGAGACGCCAUCAAUGAAAAGCUUUACCACCUUUUCCAAAUUUGCAUCCAAGGCAUCAACCUGGCAACGGGGCAUGUCCUGUUGAGAGAGACAUACUACAUGGUCUGCACUCAGUACGUCACACGCAUCACAACAUCUAACGCCAACAAGGGCCUGCGACGUGAGAGCCAACACGCCAUUACGAAAGGCUGCCCCGCCCUCGUUGAGACUAUCUGCGAUGAUGCCUUAAAUGGUCAAGACUCGUGCCGUGCGUCCGCUCUCUUGCUCUUGAACGGCUUGGCAGUUUUAGACAGCCAGACCGAUUGUGUUUUGGCAAAGCACAUCUCAGAGGCGAACUGUUUGAGUCUCUUCCUAGAUUCUUUGCGGUCUCUUCCCGUCGAGCUCCAUCAGGCCCAGGGAACUGAUACUCCUGCACUCAUAGCUUACUAUGAAUCACUACUUUCUCUACUGCAGCGGCUAUCUCAGACCAAGAAAGGGGCCACAUAUGUUCUCGAUGCGGGCCUCUUCCAGACUGUUCGUGAUUCGCAACUUUUCGCUGCUGAUCCAGACAUUGGCAUAGAUAUCGAUAACCCCAAUGCUCUACAAAGAUACUACGACCUACUCUUGUCAGUUAUGCGCGUCAUUGUGUCUGCUGUCUUCUCUCGUGGAAUACAAAACCAGCAAAUUAUACAGCAGACCCGCACAUUCCUGGCCGAGAACCGAUCCUGCAUGGUUGGUAUUUUCAAACGGUCUGCAAGAAUUGGGAAUGCUUCCAAUGAACAUCAAGAAACUCUAGGCGAUCUGAACAAGUCCUUCAUUUCUCUUGUUUCUGCCACUGGUUUCACCGAGGCUGAGGAGCAAGAAAUCCAGCAGACCACGCAAUCUGCUAUGUUUUCGUGA